UGACGUCACUUCCUGUGAUCCACAAUUUAAAAAAUAUUGUCCUUCUCAGUAAUGGCGGCUUCCUUCCCUUCUCCUUCUGCAAUAAACAACAACAAAUGGUACUUCACCCGAGAACAGAUCGAGAAUAGCCCGUCUCGCCGUGCGGGGCUUGAUCCAGACAAAGAAUUGUCCUACAGACAACAAGCUGCGAACCUUCUACAGGACAUGGGACAACGACUUAAUGUGUCCCAGCUAACAAUUAAUACUGCCAUUGUGUAUAUGCACCGAUUCUACAUGAUCCAGUCAUUCACCAGGUUCCACAGAAAUGUCAUAGCUCCAGCAACACUAUUCCUAGCUGCAAAGGUUGAGGAGCAGCCCCGCAAGUUGGAGCAUGUUAUCAAGGUGACCCAUGCAUGCCUCAACCCUCAGGACCCUUCACCAGAUGUCCGCAGUGAUGCUUACCUGCAACAAGCCCAAGACCUGGUCAUUCUUGAGAGCAUUAUACUCCAGACCCUGGCCUUUGAAAUCACCAUUGACCACCCACAUACUCAUGUUGUCAAGUGCACCCAGCUAGUCAGAGUUGUUCCAGCGAGUAAGGAUUUGGCCCAGACAUCAUACUUCAUGGCUACCAACAGUCUACACCUAACCACAUUCUGCCUGCAACACAGCCCGCCCAUCGUGGCCUGCGUUUGCAUCCACCUGGCCUGCAAGUGGUCCAACUGGGAGAUCCCAGUCUCCACAGACAGCAAGCACUGGUGGGAGUAUGUGGACAAUACUGUCACCCUCGAGCUGCUGGAUGAGCUCACCCACGAGUUCCUGCAGAUCUUGGAGAAGACACCAAGCCGACUAAAACGCAUUCGCAACUGGAAAGCGGCAGGUCAGACAGUGAAGGGAGGGAAGUCCAAGGUGCCAGAGGACGGCGAUCAGACAGAUGGCAUGAUGAGCAUGGUCUCCAUGUCGUCGUCUGAGACCACGCUGGGCGGCCUGAUGAGCCUCUCCAACCCUCUCUCUUCAUCUUCCUCCUCCAUGGCUCCCAUACUACUGGAGCUCAAGUCGACCCUUGGCAGUGGUUCCGACCAGCCCAGCCACGCCGAGCUGCACGCCCCGGCCAAGGUGUCACUGAGCGAGUACCGGGCCAAGCACGCUGACGUCCUGGCUGCUCAGAAGAGGAAGCUGGAGAACAUGGAGGCCAGCGUGAAGAGGGAGUACGCCACGGCAGCCCAGGCUCUGAUAGGCCAGCAGCAGAGGAAGGAGAAGCACCACCGUGACCAGCAGCAAUCCAGCUCCCACCAUUCCAGCUCGGCCUCCUCUGACCUCAGCAACCCCUCGCCCAUCAUCCUCAAGAUCCCCCUGGAAAAGGAGAGGGGCGAGCGCAGCUCCCUGAAGAUGCGCCUCCCUCUGGGGUCUGGGGGAGGCGUGGGGCACAGUGGAGGAGGGAACAGAGGAGCAGGAGGAGAAAAGGACAUCAAAGUGAGAAUUCGGGUGCCUGAGAAAGUACGCAGUGGAGGCUCGGGAGAGGAGGGGGGCAAGACUAGGGAGGGAAAGCACCGAGAACGUUCCAACCACCAUCAUCAUCACCACCACCACCAUCAUUCAUCGUCAUCUUUUAGCGGUGCUUCUGUCUCUUCGUCCUCGUCUCAUAAACACUCAGCCAGUGCUGCUGGAGCUGUAGGAGGAAGCAGCAGCAAAAAAGCCCCCAGUGAUUCGUCUAGAAUGAGCUCCUCUUCCUCUGUGUCUCGAAAGAGGACACAUUCCACGGAGUCCCAGGGCUCCCACUCGUCCAAAGUCUCUAAGUCCUCCAGGAACUCAGCUCACCAGCUGCCUGCUCUUUUAGCUGCCUCUGGAGCACACUCCCUGGGGGCACACCCCACUGACAUCCUCCCCUCCCUGGGUCUCCCCUCCCUCCACCAGGGCAACUACUCUCACUCCAAGGGGGACAAGCCGGACACUAACGGACACAAUGCAGGUGUUGGCAGCCAGUCGAAUGAGUAUCAGGACACGUUUGAAAUGCUGAACUCUUUACUGAGUGCUCAGGGGGUGCAGCCUGCCCAGCCUCCCAUGUUUGAUUGCCGGUCUCAGUACGUGGAGUACAGAUACAGCGGCGGGUCUAGGGGGGGAUCUCGACCACCACCUCUGCCUGCUGAACCUCCACCUCCGCUACCCCCUCUACCCAAAUGAUCCCUGAUGAAGGGGUGAAUUACUGACAGUGUAUCUGUAGACGCAUCCAACCAUAUUACAUAAGAUAUUUGCUCUGUGAAUUUUGUCCCUUUUAUGUGUUUGUAUGGAUCAUGUUGUGGUUUUCAACUUGACAGCAAAGAAAUGUACUAAUACAUACUUUUCAGUGCUGAAGUGUCUCCCUCGUCACAUCAUAUUCAAUGCAUCUGUGGGGCAAUAACAGGAGGUGUGAAAGAAAAGCUUGCAAAAAUAUGAAACGAACAAAAUUAAUUAUUUAUUCACAAUGUAAAUACUUUAUCAUGAUAUGAACUCAAAUCAAAUUUUAUGGAAUGGCGGGCAUAAUAUUUGAGCCAUAGCUGUUUUUAAAAGAAAGUCAAACAUUACAUGUUUGAAUGCCUAUUAGAGGAAACAAACUUGUUUGCUUCACUUAUUACAUUUUAAAGUCUUGCUAACAAUUAGUCUUUUUCAGAAUGUUUUUGAAAUAUACUAUUUAUUAUUAGUAUUGAAUGCUUUUGAGGAAGAUU